CUCUCUGUUAUUGUCAAUAGAUGGUGGCAUUCACCGUCUAAAAGGAAGAAUACCUACAAAAAAAUUGAGACAAGUCAAAUUUGUGGUUCAAUACAGUUAGGUAAGUGAUAAAUGGUUUCUGAUGAACAGGCAACAGGAGCCAUCAAUGGACCUAAGACUCCUCAAAAUCAAACAUUUCCCACCCUUGAUCGUAGAAGGACCUUUCAAGAAAGGAAAAUUGGUCACCGACGUGUUGAUGAGACAGGACAAGUGACUUACAAAAAAAUUGAAACAAGUCAAAUUUGUGGUUCAAUACAGUUAGGUAUUGGUUAUGCCGUUGGUAGUAUUGCUUCGAAACCCGAGAGGGACUUAUUAAUGCAAGAUUUUGCUAUGGUCGAGACAACGUCAUUCCCAGCAUCAGGAAGUAAUAUUACACCAGCUCAUCAUUUUACUGACUUCAAAUUUAAAGCCUAUGCUCCAGUGGCAUUCCGUUAUUUUCGCGAUCUCUUUGGUAUUGCACCCGAAGAUUUCCUUCUCUCUGUUUGUAAUGAACCUAUGAGAGAGCUCUCAAAUCCCGGUGCUUCUGGAAGUGUCUUUUACAUAACAGCUGACGAUGAAUUUAUUAUCAAAACAGUUCAACAUAAAGAAGCUGAGUUUCUUCAAACACUUCUCCCUGGUUAUUAUAUGAAUCUUAAUCAAAAUCCUCGAACUUUAUUGCCGAAAUUUUUUGGUCUUUAUUGUUAUAUUUGUAGGGGCAAAAAUGUUAGAGUGUGUGUAAUGAACAAUUUACUACCAUCAUUUAUUAAAUUGCAUCAAAAGUAUGAUUUGAAGGGCUCAACAUUUAAAAGAAAAGCUAACAAAUCCGAAAAAAGAAAAGGAUCACCAACUUUCAAAGAUCUAGAUUUUUUGGAUCAUCAUCCAGAAGGAUUAUAUUUGGAAGCGGAAACUUAUAGUGCGCUUAUGAAAACCAUUAACAGAGAUUGUCGAGUUCUAGAAAGCUUUAAAAUAAUGGAUUACUCUCUUCUAGUUGGUAUUCUGGGCUAUCAAGUUUCUAUCCGAAUGACAAAAAGAGAGAAAUUCAAGAAUCCCAAAUGGAAACGAAAUAAACUGAUCACUAAACCAUUAACUUCCUGAUUGAUUUUCACCUCCAAAUAGCUGUUUAAGACAUUAGAAUCAACAAAAAAUAUUUU